AUGGCUCUUCCAGGACCCCAAACCUCCCAUCACAUGAACAAUCAGCUCGCGGGACAGCCAGAAAGACGCGGGCCAGGACGACCCCGGAGGAUACCGGUUCGACCCCCUUCGCAACCGGUUCCGAUUGCUCCCCGACCAGAAGCCCACCACCAGGACAAUGCUCGGUUGGAAGAUCAAAGGGCGCAAUCUCAUCUUCCAACCGAGCAAUCUCACUCGGAAAAUACGGGGCCGACUGCGCAGAUCACCCUGGCCAACACGUUUUCAGCGUCUGCCUCUACUGGAUACGCCCCCCAUGAAAACCCGAUGCCUAGCAGUCUGAUAUGCGUCGGGACAAGAGAACAACACCUUGGGACGUUGUUUUUCUACCUCAGCCCUCCCGAAUACAAGACCGAUAUCUCCAUUCAUGGUGGCAAUAGGUCUCUAGAGUUGCCAGGUAUGGCUCUUGUCAGCCGUCACUGGCCCGACGAGUGCUUUAUUUCUGCUCAAUGGCUCCAGACCCUAGAGUUACAAGCCGGUCUCUUACCGGACCACGAAACUAGACUGGUUGAUACACCUCAAGGCAUCAUGGUUGCCCUUCGCCAAGUCACCAUGUGGUUUUCACUUCCACAGCUGCAUUAUGGACUGCCCAUGGUUCCUGUCCGAGCCACUGUCCUCGAACACAUCGGAACUGGCGUCACGGCAAUCUUUGGGGGUUCGUGGGUCGAUAUCAUCUUCCACAUGGGCAACUGGAAAUCUGGCGGUGCAUCGGCAAUGGGUUUCAUCCCCUCGUGUGGUGGCCUAUGA